AUGCCUCAAGCCCCAGAAACCCUCGCCGCCCGCGUCCAAGAACUCAGCCUGGGCACUACCACCACCGUGCGCCACGGCUCUGGCUCUGCCGUCGUCGACAAUGGCACCAACCUCGGCUCUGCUGCUGGCCGCAAGACCUCUCACGGUGCUGGCAGUUCCGGCGGACACAGUCGACGAGGCAGUGGAUUGGUCAUCACCCCCAGCGGCGUGCAGACUGUCUACCACCACAGGACCAAUGAUGACAUCGAGUUUCCUCACGCCGAGAAGAAGACCAUGGCCGACCUCUUGCGCAAGUAUGAGAGUCUUUUCACCCUCACUCCCCAGAGGAUGAGGAUGAUUGUCCAAGCCAUCGAAGACACUCUCGAUAACGGUCUCCAGAAGAACAACCAGGUCGUCGUGAUCCCCACUUACGUUUUCGGCUGGCCCACCGGCGAAGAGGCCGGCGACUAUCUCGCCCUCGACCUCGGUGGCACCAACCUCCGAGUCUGUCUCGUCACUCUCCAAGGCCACGGAAAGUUUGAAGUUACGCAGACCAAGUACCGACUGACUGAGGAGCAAAAGCAAGGGGAGGGACAGGAUUUGCUGGACUUCUGUGCCGAAUGCCUGAACAGUUUUAUCCGAGACACUCUUGGCCGUACCGAGAAGGACGGUCUUCUCCCCCUCGGUUUCACUUUCUCCUACCCCUGUAGCCAGGAUCGAAUCGAUCACGGAGAAUUGAUCCGCUGGACUAAGGGUUUCGGAGCCCCCAACAUCGAGGGCCACGAUGUCGCCGCGAUGUUCCAGGACUCUCUCAAACGUCUCAACGUCCCCGCCGAACUCACCGCCCUUAUCAACGACACCACUGGUACUCUCAUCGCCUCCAACUACGUUGACCCUCACACCAAGAUUGCCGUCAUUUUCGGUACUGGGUGUAACGCGGCAUACAUGGAGACGGCGGAGUGUAUUCCCAAGAUUGACUAUGUGGGCUUGCCCAAGGGGCAGGGGAUGGCUAUCAACUGUGAAUGGGGAGCAUUCGACUCUUUCGACCACCAACACCUCCCCCGUACCAAGUACGACAUCAUCAUCGACGAGUCUUCCAACAAGCCCGGAGAGCAGUCCUUUGAAAAGAUGAUUGCCGGUCUCUACCUCGGAGAGAUCUUCCGUUUGGUCUUGUGCGAGCUUAUCGAUGCCGGUGACCUCUUCCUGGGUCAGAACACUUAUAAAAUCGAAAAGGCCUAUGCCUUUGACACCGCCUUCUUGUCUCUCAUGGAAGCCGACCCCACGGAUGAACUUCUCACCAUCGUCGGUGUCUUUACCCACUUCUUUGGCCUUGAUACUACCAUGGAGGAACGUACCUUCUUCAAGCAACUUGCCGUCCUCAUCGGUACCCGUGCCGCCCGUCUCUCGGCGUGUGGUAUCGCAGCGAUUGUCAGCAAGAAGGGCUACCUGGAGGAGGGAUGUGCGGUCGGUGCUGAUGGUAGUUUGUACAACAAAUACCCCAACUUUGCCGACAGGGUCCACCAAGCGCUCGAGGACGUCUUCGGCCAGAAGGGUAGAAAAAUUGUUACCCACCACGCUGAGGAUGGUUCCGGUGUGGGCAGUGCCAUCAUUGCUGGCAAGUCCAUUCCUUGCACUGUAGACUUUACUCUGACCAUCCAACAGCCAUGA